AUGUUUGUGAUCCUGUCAUGGAUGAUACCUUCGGCGCUGCUUGUCAAGAAUAUCGUUUACGAGAAGGAGAUGCGACUCAAGGAGAUGAUGAGAAUUAUGGGCCUCGGCGACUCAGUACACUGGAUCGCCUGGAGCGUGCAAUCUUUUGCCAUCAAUUUUAUCUCCAUAUGUUUCAUUUCUUAUGGACGGCUGUUGCCGGCUACCGAUCUGUCCAUUUUGAUCUUUUACUUCACACUUUUUUCCAUCGCUUGCAUGGCGCAGUCCGUUUUCAUCUCUACGUUAUUCUCGCAAACGAACGUCGCAUCCGUGAGCACAGCA